AUGAAUAUCCCCCGCUCCUCGUCGCUGCCAGCAAGCGCACCCCCCAUUCGUCCCCAACCACAACUGGCAAUGACUCACACCCACAUCCAGGACUCACAGUCGCUCCUGACACCCCCCAUGUCGCCUGAUCACACGGAAAAAUCAGCGUCGGCUACAGCAGGACGGGAUUCUGUAGAUUGCGAUGAUGAUAUUAUUGUCGACGCAGAGCCACGGUUUGUUAAUUGCUCGCAGGUCGCGAACAAUGCAGAGUUCGCACCACCACCCUCAGAGGGCGCAUCGACCGUCGAUGAAUGGCAGGAGUUCGGGGAAAUGUCUGUCGAUCCCCAAAUGCCCGAGCCGGCGGGUCAGCCACCAUUGCGGUGUCUGGACGAUGAGCAAGUCCAUCUGCAACGACCUGGUACCCUCCGAUUGACCGAUUUCGAGGUCAAGGGUACGCUAGGUACUGGCACGUUUGGUCGAGUCCUGCUUGUCCGACACCGGGCACCUCAAUCCAACUUCUACGCCAUGAAGGUGUUGCGCAAGUCUGAGAUCGUCCGCCUCCGCCAGGUCGAGCAUGUCAACGCAGAGCGGUAUAUCCUGUCGCGAGUGCACCAUCCCUUCGUUGUCGACCUGUUCGCCACAUUCCAAGACAGCCUCAACAUCUACAUGCUUCUAUCAUACGUUCCUGGGGGCGAACUCUUCACCCUCCUUCGCCGUGCGCAGCGCUUCACGCCAGACGUCACACGAUUCUACCUCGCGACCAUCAUUCUCGCAUUAAAGUAUCUCCAUUCAUUCAACAUCAUCUAUCGCGACCUAAAACCCGAGAACCUCCUGCUUGACUCGCGUGGGUAUCUGCGCCUCACGGACUUCGGCUUCGCGAAGAUUGUCGACGACCGUACAUGGACGCUCUGCGGCACGCCUGAGUAUCUUGCGCCCGAAAUCAUCCAGUCGGACGGGCACGGAAAAGCGGCUGAUUGGUGGGCUUGUGGCAUCCUUUGCUACGAGAUGCUGGUGGGGUAUCCACCGUUUUUCGACGAAUCGCCAUAUGGAAUAUAUGAGAAAAUUCUGGCUGGCGUGAUUCACUGGCCAAAGUGGAUGGACAGGUUGUCAAAAGAAUUGAUCAAGGACUUCUUGCACCCUGAUCGUACGAAGCGGCUGGGCAACCUUAUUGGAGGCCCUCAGGAUGUGUUGGAUCACCCUUGGUUUAGAGGUGUCGACUGGGAUGCUCUAGAGAGGCGUGAAAUCACUGCGCCUAUUAUCCCUGUCACUUCGUCGGCUGAAGACACCCGAAACUUCGUACAUCUUCCUCCUCCCAUCCUUGAAGAAAUGCCUGGCUUGCAAAGAGAAGAAACCCCACCCCCACUCCAGCAGCGCUUCGACCCUGUCGCAUACCAAUUCCUUGAAUUCUGA